AUGGGCAUUUCGUUGUUAGAAUCUUCGUUCACCGAAGAAGGGCUUCAGUUCGACCGCAAGUGGAUGAUUGUUGACUUGGAGAAGAACAAGCAUCUAAGUCCCAGGGACAAUCGAGGCAUCAAGCUUGCUCGAGUAAAACCAUCAUUUGAUUUCGAGCGCGGAAUGCUCGACGUCUCAUUUCCAGACGACCCGUCUGUGCCGUCAUUUUCUAUGCCACUUGACCCCCCUGCAGAGGAAGUGUUUGGCUGGGAAGAAGUUGAAGGGGUUAAUUUAUGGGGCAACAACCUGAGUGGUCGAGUUGUCCCUUCUUCAACGCCUGGUGCACCAGACCCAUCUGUCGUCCUGUCAAAUCUUACUGGUCAUCAUGUCAAGUUAGUAAUGAAACCCCCCGCUCACCUUCGUCCUGUUCCUUUCGCAACCAUCGAUGCUGCAGGCUUGGACUAUGAAGGUGGUCCAAGGACUGUCUUUGCAGAUGUUGGUCCAUUCAUGAUUGCUUCUACUGCUUCGGUUGUCGAUGCGCAGAGACGCAUCGGGGAGGCUCAAAAAGCCGGGGCCAUUGAGUGGGAUAUUAACCGGGAAGUUAGUAUUGACAGAUGGCGACCAAACUUGGUCGUUGAAGGAGUAGAGACACCUUUUGGGGAAGAUGACUGGAUAGAAGGCCAAGUGGGGGAUAAGCAGUAUUCGUUAUUGUUUCCAGGGCGCGUUCCGCGAUGCAUUUUCCCCAAUGUAGACCCUGCCACUGGGGUUCGCGAUUCUCAAGUUCCACACAAAGUCUUGAUGGGAUAUCGAAGGGUAGUUCCUCAGCCUGGUCUCUACUACUUUGGGUAUGUGCUGUCCACGCUCCUCCGGUCCGAUCCUGCGACCUACCGCUACAUGGUAUCAUACAGAGUUUAUGGUGUCCCCGUCUCUGCGGCUGGAGUGCUUCGCGUUGGGGACAGGAUCAAGAUCACCAAGCACGCUCCGAACCCUCUUCGUCAGGGUUCGUGA